AUGGAAGUUCCUAAACAAGCUAGUUGGCUUGUAAGGAAGAUAUUCAAUGCAAGAGAAUGGUGGGAAAAUGAUAUGCAAAGAAUGCAAGCCUGUGUAAAGAAGGGGAAGUUCAGCAUCAAAACAACAUAUGUAAAAAGCAAUCCAGAAUGGCCAAAAGUGAGAUGGAAAUCCAUAACAAUGAUCAAUGGUAGUCUGCCAAAGAAACAGUUCAUAGUGUGGAUGGCAAUGCAUAGAAGAUUGGCAACAGUGGAUAGAUUGUUGAAAUGGGGAGUUCAAGUUGAACAAGGAUGUGUUCUGUGUGAAAGAGACUUGACUGAGACUCAUGAACACUUAUUCUUUGAAUGUUCAUACUCAAAAAAACUAUGGGAAAGCAUGUUAACAUGGCUUGGAUAUCACAGAAGAACUCAAGACUGGGAAGAAGAAGUUAACUGGUUAAUCAAGAAUGUGAAUAACAGAAACCCAAAGAAAGCCAUAAUAGGAGUUGUGUUUGCUGCUGUGAUGUACAACAUAUGGAUGAAAAGAAAUAGUAGAAGAUUUCAACAAUGCAAGAAGACAGUACAAGACAGAGCAAAGGAUAUUGCUGUCCAAAUUCAUGUUACUGGACAAAAACAACAAAAAUGGAAGCCACUACUGGAAAAGUUAAACAACUAUCCUAGUUGUUUAUAG